AGUCUUGUUUUAUGGUUGAGCGUGACACUCAAGGAUCACGUAAAUAGCACACUUCUUUGUCCGCGGUGCAGAAGACGUAGCAGUCAGCCGCGCAGCCUUGUUUCUUUCUGUGACUGGUUUCUUUGGUGGCCGCAUCAUCAGUAAAAGAGGAAAAGAAGAAAGUAUCUCAACGAUGCCACCGAAACGACGCCUCGCCGCUCCCUCCCCGUCUUCGUCGUCCCCACAAGUCGCGACGACGUCUCCUGCGCCAGUCUCAAAGGACCGCAAAACUAAGUCGUCCAAACGCACGGCGUCCGUCACCUCGGAGACGCACAUGGAUGGCGCGACGAGCAGCAGCGGCAGCGGUAGCGUGACCUCCACCGAGCUCAGGCUCCUCAACUCGCCGCGGGAGGACGCGCUGCAUCGCCACCACAGCAGCACCAUCGCCACCGACUAUGACGCCGAUGGUGAGCAGGACGACGCCCACGGCUACGAGCAGCUGCGCGACAUUAUCUUGCCAGAGAGCGGCGACGGCGACAACAGCAGCGAGGACGGCAAGACCAAUGACGCGGACGAGGUUAUUCUCUUCCCACACGCCGAGGAACUCGCCAACGCCGCGACGGCGCUGGAAAAGGCAGGUGCAGCGGACCGUGUGGUGCGUCUCGGCACCACGCAGCACCUCGAUGAGUCCGACAGCAGCGAGGAUGAGGCCACGCUGAAUCGCGUUGGUGACAUCCCGCUGGAGUGGUACAAGGAUGAAAGCCACAUGGGGUACGACAUCGAGGGGAAGAAGCUCAUGAAGACCGAGCGCUCUGCCCUGGAGCGGCUGCUGGAGGCGACGGAUGAUCCGAACGCUAUGCGCACCAUCUUUGAUGCCCUGCACGAUGAAAAGAAGACGCUGACGAACGCGGAUUUGCAGAUGAUCUUCAAUCUGCAGCGCAACCGCACAACAAACCCCGACUACGACAUGUACUCGGAGGUGAUGGAGGACACCGUCAUCUUCGACCCCCUCAACCACCCGCUCGCCCGCAGUGGCGGUCCCUCCAAGAAGGCCUUUGUGCCGGCGUUGCACGACAUGAAGGUCAUCGCGAAGAUGGUGCGCCGCCUGCGCAAGGAGGAGGCCGAGCGCAAGCUGCAUCCCGCCAAAGCGGUGGAAGAGGAGAAGGAGGAAGACCAGCUUUUGUGGGAUGACGGGCACGUCGAGAUGGACACGCACACGCACUUCAAGUACUUCAACCGCGUACCGAAGCCGAAGAUGCCGCCGCCGGGCACGUUUGAGAGCUAUCGCCCCCCUCCGGAGUACCUGCCAAGCGAGAGAGCGAAGCAGCGCCGGGCCCGUCUGCGUGCGAUUGACCGCAAAGAGCACUUUCUGCCGCAGUCCUUCGAUGCCCUUCGCCACGUCCCCUUCUACCACCACACCAUCCAAGACCGUUACCAGCGCUGCCUCGAUCUGGCGUUCUUCCCACGCGCGCAACGCACGCGAUUGGUGGUGGACCCCGACAAGCUGCUGCCGGAGCUGCCGGACCCGAAGGACCUGCGGCCCUACCCGGAGAAGCUGUCCUUCCACUACAAGGGGCACACGUCCACGGUGCGCAGCGUGUCGGUGAGCCCAAAUGGGCAGUACCUCGCCACCGGCUGCGACGACCACCUCGUCCGCGUCUACGAGGUGCUGACGGGGCGUCUCAUGAAGCGCUACGACCUCGGUGCCCCGGUGCAGCAGGUCGAGUUCUGCCCUGCCAAGUCCCUCAACAUCCUCGUCGCGGCGGUGGAGUACAGCCUCGUCUUCAUUGUCCCCACCUUCGCGGCGCACAGCCUCGUCAACGAUCACACCAUUCGCUUUCUCCGCGCGCCUGGAACGUCGGCUGGCAAGCAGGAGGCGGCGCACGCCCUCGGUGCGGUGGAGACGUUGGGCGGCCAUGCCGUUACGCAGACCGCGCUCGACGCAGACGAGACGGUGCACGAGACGACCGCCGACCUGCACGACAUUGAGGAGCGGGAGAAGCGGGCCGAGUUUGUCGACGCGAGCGCGAAGGAACGCAACGCCGGCAUUGUGGUGAAGAUCGCGAUGCACGCCAAGGUGAAGAAGUUCUGCUUCCACAUCAAAGGCGACUACCUCUGCGCCCUGUGCCCGAAGGACCACGUCAAGUACCGUCAGACCAUCAUGCUGCAGCUGUCGAAGCGGAAGGUGUUCUGUCCUUUCCGCAAGUUCUCGGAGGUGGUGACAGACUGCCGCUUUCACCCCCGCGAGCCGCUCUUCUUCUUGGCGACGACAAAUUCUGUGCGGUGCUACAACCUCAUGGCGCACCGCCUGCAGCGCCGCUUCAAGGCCUCCGGUGGCGUGACGACCUGCCUGUCGAUUCACCCGGAAGGAGACAACUUCUUGGUGGGCGACACCACGAGCCACACCUCCUGGUUCGACAUGGACUUCUCCGAUAAGCCGUACAAGCGAAUGCGCUCGCAUAAGGGCGUGGUGAACUCGCUUGCCUUCCACCCCAACACAAACGCCUACCCACUCUUCGCCACCGGCGCCUCGGAUGGGCAGGUGCACGUCUUCCACGGAAUGGUGUACGACGACUACAACAAGAAUGCGUUGGUGGUGCCGGUGAAGAUUUUGAAGCAUCAGCGUUCGGUGUACUCCGUCGCGUGGCACCCGACCUUGGCGUGGUUGUUUACGUCCACCGAAGACGGCGUCGUGACGGCGUGGACGGAGUAG